UCAUCACUCUCUAUCUACUCUCUCUGCUGGAUCAGAGCUAGAGGAGUGCAGACUGGAGGGUGAUGGGAACAUCUAGCCCUUAACCAUGGGCCCAGAAGAGACUACUGCCAUGACAGAAACAUCUGCAGCUGUGCACAUUCAGGCAUGGUGGCGCGGCACACUGCUGAGACGCUCACUGCUGCAUGCCGCCCUCAACGCGUGGAUAAUUCAGUCCUGGUGGAGAAAGAUACUGGCGACGGUGCGGGAGAAGAGACGGCGGGCGGCUCUGGAGCUGUAUGCCCAAAAGACACGGGCAACUGUCAAACUGCAGUCCUGGUUCCGUAUGUGGCGCAUCCGCCAACGAUACUGUCGUUUGCUAAAUGCUGUCCGCAUCAUCCAGGUUUAUUGGCGUUGGCAUAGUUGUCACACUCGUGGCUUUAUCCAGGGUGACUAUGAAAUCAAAGAAAACCAUCUGAAUAUCCAACUUGAAAUUUCCCUGGGCUCACAGGCUUGCAAGGUGCAGCAAUGCAUAACCCUACCAAUAAAAGAGUGAUCAGGUCUGCUA